AUGGGAGGCCGGAAGCAAAGGAAAAAGAAAAUCCAUGACAAGGACAAAAAAGAAGCCUAUGUGUCUUCCAACCAUAGUGUGCCAGCUAGGAACAUCAGGAAAGCUGAUCUUGGUGCUGUUAUAUUGGGUUGCACAAAUAGCACAAUCAAUGAGUGCCUUUCAAAAAAAUUGUUUGGUUUGCCAGCACUACACUACUCCUAUAUAAAGAACAUCACCAAAGGGCUUGCGCUAUUUUUAUUCAAUUACAGUGACCGUAAACUUCAUGGAAUAUUUGAGGCUGCAAGUCAUGGUCAGAUGAACAUUGACAAGUAUGCAUGGGUUGCAGGUGGAGAUAGCUACACGAGUUAUCCUGCACAGGUCCGAGUUCGAGUUAGACUGCAGUGCCAUCCAUUGUCCGAGAAUAACUUUCAGCCAAUUAUUGCAAUGAACUAUUACGAGAGCAAUCAUUUUUAUUUUGAGCUGGAUCUUGGUCAAACAAACAACCUGAUCUCAUUGUUUCAAUCAUCUCCGGUGAAUUCCAGUUCUUUGCCUGUAUCUGCGAAAGGACAGGCAUACAAUGCUAUGCAUAAUUGGGAAGAAGUUGGUUUUGAUCAUACAGAGAAAGCCAAGAAAACGGGGAGCACGUCGGAUACCCCUCUACGACCAGGGCUUUCAUAUGCUUCUGCUCUCUGCGGAAACAAUACUUCCACUACCGCUACAGCUACCAGUUCCCUUCCUACAGGAAAUUGGAGUGGUUUAUUCAAAGGUCAAUCAUCUUCUGAGUCGACUAAUGACUACAAGUGUCCGAUCCAAGCUUCAAGCUCAUCUUUCUCUGCAUCAGACUCAUCAAUAAUACCACAAUCUUCUUGGGUCACAAACUCUCCUGCCUAUCAAAGUGUGCAGGUUUAUGAAGAUUCUUGGGAUGAUGUGGUUGACGAGUUCCCACAGAACCAAGAGUAUCAAGAUAAGGCUGAUUUCCUGCAAGCAAACACUUGCGAGGACAGCCAGCUUCUUGCCACUACUACAGAUGCUGAAUGUACUCAAACUUGGGUGUCACACUUGAAUCCUGAAGCAAACACUACUACAGAUGAGUUGCAGUUGCACCAAGAAUACAAUGAUAGUGUCAACUUUCUGCAAGCAAAUACCUGGGAGGAAAGCAUUGCCACCGGUACAGAUGAAGUUGACCAGGGUCAAACAAACGCACCAUCUUCUUCAGAUCAACCUUUAGACUACAAUCCAGAUAGCAAGCAGUCCUUGUGUGAUAAGGAAAAUGAGAGCAGUGUAGAAGAAAAACAUGAGAAAGACAGUUCUUUAUUUCCAAAUACAGCUGCCGAGAGGUCCGAAAAUCUUGAAUCAUUGGUCAUCAAGUUAAACCAAGAAGUUGAAGCAUUGAAGGUUUCACAGUUGAAACAUACUGUGAAAGUGAAUAUGCUAGAGCAAGAACUGGGUGAAUCAAAACUAGAAAUCCAGUCGCUUAGAAACCGGAUUGGUUUAUUGGAAUUUGGAUCACCAUCCAUUGUAGAUCCAACUGACGUAAAUGAUCAGCUACUGAGAAUUUGCCUCUCAAACUUUGUUGAUUCUGUUUUCAUUUUUGGGGGAUAUGAUGGUUCUUCAUGGUUAACAACUCUAGAUUCCUAUAGUCCAUAUUCGGAUAUCAAAAGAUCACUUAGCCCGAUGAGCUUUGUGAAGAAAUAUGCAUCAGCGGCAACCUUAAAUGGUGAACUUUACCAUUUUGGUGGUGAGGGAGCUCAUACGGUUGAAUCAUUCAGUCUGGCAAAAAAUCAGUGGGUAUCAAGACCACCUUUAUAUCGGAAGAACAUACACGUCGCUGGGGCUUCAAUAAAAGACAGGCUUUUUGUGGUUGGUGGUGGUAAUGGACACCAAUGUUCUUCAGAGGUGCAGUAUCUUGACCUAAACAUCGGGAAGUGGCUUCCCACCCAGUCAAUGCAAAACAUGAGGUUAGCUCCGGCAGCUGCAGAACUGAACAACUCACUUUAUGUUACUGGUGGAUACGAUGGACGAUCUUAUUUGAGCUCUGUUGAAAGGUUUGAUCCUCGUGAAGAAACAUGGUGCAAACUUCAAAGCAUGAAUGCAAGGAAAGGCUGCCAUUCGAUGGUUGUACUAAACGAGAAACUAUACACUAUUGGUGGUCAUGAUGGAGAUAAGUACAUACCCACGGUGGAAUAUCUUGAUACCCGCAUGGGUUCUUGGGUGGACGUCGAACCCAUGAAUGUCUCUAGAGGAAAUUUUGGUGCUUUUGUGCUGGGAGAAAAGCUCUAUGCUAUCGGGGGAUUGACGGAAAACAAUGAAGUUUUGGACAUUGUUGAAUGUUAUAAAGAGGGAAGUUGUUGGGAGAUUGCUGAUCUUAAAGCAAUUGGGAAAAGGAGCCAAUUCUCUGCGAUUGUAAUGAAGGUGGGAAUGGGUAGUGAUGGAAAAUACGCGUAG